CGCAGCCCCCAGGAUCUCACUCCUCAGCUCCCGCCUGCCCGCCCCCCGCGGGAAGACCGGACGCCCCAGGCCUCUGCCCUCCGCCCGCAAGACCAGCCUCGGGGGCGCCCGGCCCUCGGGCUCCCGCGCGGCGCAGGGCGGCUCCCCCACCUCUCCCACCGGGUGCAUCUGCUGGGCGGCUAUGGCGCGAGGAGACGCCCCGCAGGACAGCUACCGCCUGGUCGGGAUCAGCUUCUUUGUCCUGGGGCUGGGCACCCUCCUGCCCUGGAACUUCUUCAUCACCGCCAUCCCGUACUUCCAGGGACGGCUCGCGGGAGCCAACACCACCGGGACGCUGGGCACCAACCACACGGGCCCCGUGGACACCUACAACUUCAACAACUGGGUGACGCUUCUGUCCCAGCUGCCCCUGCUGCUCUUCACGCUCCUCAACUCCUUCCUGUACCAGUGCAUCCCCGAGUCGGUGCGGAUCCUGGGCAGCCUGCUGGUCAUCCUGCUGCUCUUCGCCCUGACGGCGGCGCUGGUCAAGGUGGACAUGAGCCCUGGGCCCUUCUUUGCCAUCACCAUGGCCUCCGUCUGGUUCAUCAACUCCUUCUGUGCAGUUCUGCAGGGCAGCCUCUUCGGGCAGCUGGGCACCAUGCCCUCCACCUACAGCACCCUCUUCCUCAGUGGCCAGGGCCUGGCUGGGAUUUUCGCCGCCCUUGCCAUGCUGCUGUCCAUGGCCAGCGGCGUGGACGCCCAGACCUCCGCGCUGGGGUACUUCAUCACGCCCUGCGUGGGCAUCCUCCUGUCCAUCGUGUGCUACCUGAGCCUGCCCCACCUGGAAUUUGCCCGCUACUACCUGGCCAAGAAGCCACCGGGCGCCCAAGGUCAGGAGCUGGAGACCAAAGCUGAGCUCCUCCAGGCUGAUGAGAAGAACGGGAUCCCCAACAGCCCCCAGAAGGCAGCCCUGACUCUGGAUCUUGACCUUGAGAAGGAGCCAGAGCUGGAGCCGGAGGAGCCCCAGAAGCCGGGGACACCUGUCCUCGCUGUCUUCCGGAAGAUCUGGCUGACGGCGCUGUGCCUUGUGUUGGUCUUCACAGUCACCCUGUCUGUCUUCCCCGCCAUCACAGCCAUGGUGACCAGCUCCACUGGUCCCGGGAAGUGGAGUCAGUUCUUCAACCCCAUCUGCUGCUUCCUGCUCUUCAACGUCAUGGACUGGCUGGGCCGGAGCCUGACCUCUUACUUCCUGUGGCCGGACGAGGACAGCCGGCUGCUGCCGCUGCUGGUGUGCCUGCGCUUCCUGUUCGUGCCGCUCUUCAUGCUGUGCCACGCGCCCGGGCGGUCCCGGCUGCCCGUGCUCUUCCCCCAGGACGCCUACUUCAUCACCUUCAUGCUGCUCUUCGCCGUGUCCAACGGCUACCUGGUGUCCCUCACCAUGUGCCUGGCGCCCAGGCAGGUGCUGCCGCACGAGAGGGAGGUGGCCGGCGCACUGAUGACCUUCUUCCUGGCGCUGGGGCUCUCCUGCGGAGCCUCCCUGUCUUUCCUCUUCAAGGCGCUGCUCUGAAGGCCUCCUCGGGCUCCCCGGCAGUGGUACCCCCACUGCCCUGUCCACGGCAGAUGCCCAGCGCAGGGGGACGGCGGGCCCCGC